AUGCAAAGGGGCCUCCUCCCUCCAAGCCCGAGCAGCCCGCCGACAGAUUCGGACUGUUCUCCGACGCCCCGCCGAGUCUUGUGGACUGACUCCAAGCCACAAGCAACCCGCCGACUGGUGGACAAGCCUCCCUCCAAGCCCGAGCACCCCGCCGACACGUUCAGACUGUUCAGACUGUUCUACGACGCCCCACCGAGUCUUGUAGACUGCCUCCAAGCCACAAGCACCCGGCCGACUGGUCCACGAGACAACUAG